AUGGGGGCUUUUGCGUCGCGUGGUUCUGGUGUGCCCAAUUCGACCCGUUUAGCAGAAGAAGGCGAUGCCGAAAACGUGCUUCGUGAUUUUGACAUGUCUGCACCAACUGCAGCUGUUAUCGGUGCUGGCAUUGCUGGUGUGCAUGUCGCAUAUGAACUUGCGCGGCUUGGUUUUCGUGUUACCGUCUUUGAACAGCACCGUGGAAUUGCACUGGGGGAGACGCAGUAUAGUCUUCCUUUUAUUGGCGUCGGCUUCCUUCACCCGUACAUUUAUACACUGCGUAUGCGUCGUGAGCUUCUGCGCGGAACGCUGUCGUUCGCGUGCCCAGACAUCAUUUCGGUAGAAGACUCAUGGAAUUCUUUCUUUUCUGCCGCUAUCCACCGCUGGCUGUGGGCGCGCCGCUGGAGCGCGCUCAGCCCAGAGCAAGUAAUGCGCUACACGAACAAUCUGUCACACCUGAGCGUCGGGGUUGUUGAGGAAAUGGUCAACAAGCACCAGAGCCUGGCACCGUACAUUCUAAGCCGCGACGUCUCUGUUGGUGUUCUCGCGACGACGCCCCACAGCGACGACGAAGUGACGGCAAUGCCCACGUCACAUCCUGCACCGUUGAUGAUUGAUCCGGUCGGAUGGACGCGCGAAGUGGCAAAGAUAGCCAAUGAAAAGUAUGGUGUGCAAUUUGCGCUUGGUGAGAGAUUGCUUGACAUGACCACCUACUUGCGGUAUGACGCGGAGAUGGUAUCCACACUUCGGUUUUCCCGCGAGGUUGAAGGUCGCGUAGAGUGUAACAACCGCCGAUUCGACGUGGUUGUGCUUACGGCCGGUGCCCAGACUGGCGAGCUGACGUGGGGUUCCUCGCAGCUUCCCAUUAUUGGCCUGGGCGGCUGCUCUGUCGCGCUGCAAUCGACUGCUGGAAAGGCACUGGCUCAUUUGACGCGUGUGCUGUCCACAUUUCCGACUGGCAUGGUAUCAUUGUCACCACGAAGUCACUUGAUAGCGUAUAAGACUCCCAGAAGUGAUGAUGCCACGGGUGAUGUGAGUGACGUUGACAAUGAUGUCGGGGAGACUAUUGUUCUACAGGGAUUGCUAUCCUUUGACACCACAAAGAAGACACAACCAAGUCUCACGGGGACAUUAUCACGCUUGGAGGCGUACCUUCGUGUGAAGUGCGGCUUGGAAGUCCCAUUAUUGCGGGAAUAUCAGCAACAGCAACAAGAGAAGCGACAGCAUCAAUAUGCUGGUAGCAAUAACGGUGAGGCGGAUACUUCAUCUGGUUCCAUUAGUGUCACGCGAUACAUUCGAGCUUUUACUCCGGACGGUGUGCCACUGAUAUCAAAUAACGGAGCGGCGUUUAACUCCUUCGUUUGUGCUGGGUUUGGGGAUCAUGCACUUGACAUGGCGCCAGGCUCAGCGAGGAUACUAGCGAAACUCGUUGAAGUGGAGGCGUGCGUAAUGCUUCACGACGACGAGGAUGAUAUGAAACAGAAAGGGCGACUUGUAGAUGGUGUGAUGGCAGAGGGGCGACUGGCACAUGUACGCCAGGAGUUGCAACUGCUGCUCAACGGUUUCCUCACCCCCUCCACACCUUCUUCACAGGGCCAGGCUAUGGAAACAUUUUCUCAGAAUCCUUUUUCUUCGACCAGAUUUCAUGGUGUCGUGAAGGAUGAGGUACAUGAUGUGACGCACAUCUCACUUCUGCAUCGUCUGUCGAAUAUUGAAACAAGACUCGUGCAGGCGUGUGAACCGUUGAAUCACUACAUCAACCAGAAGGCCAUCAAGUUGGCGCGUCAAGACAAUAUGCCUGACUGGCUGAGAACGAUUGUGUACUACUACUUCAAUGAUGUGGAGGAUGACGAAAAGCUUAAAGAGUCCUGGCAGAAGUACGCAGAAGGCAUACAGCGGAUUCGCAAAGAGUUUGAAGGCAGUUCACAUUCAUCCUCUUCGUCAUCGCCGUGA